AUGUGUAUUUUUCAUCUUACUGAUGACCAUGACAGAAGUUCUUGCUUGGAAAUGGUACGUUAUUCUCAAUUGAUUGGUUCUAAGGAGGUACUAAAUGAAGUAAGUGAAGAAGAAUCUUCUAGGCAGCUUGGCAACUCUGAAAUCCACUUCCUAGAGUACGAGUCUAAUUUGGAAAGAGGAGUUACAGCCUCUACUUCCCGAUCGAAAGAAACUAAUGAACUUUGGGUUAUGGAGUUCGAUGGGAGUUGUUCAAUAUCAAGCUCAGGAGCAGGAGUUGUUCUUAUUUCCCCUUCUAGAAAAUAUAUUCCUUUUUCUUUCAAGUUGGAGUUUAAGAACACAAUUAAUAGUGCAGAGUAUGAAGCUCUAUUAUUAGGACUCUCUGAGGCAAAGAAAUUGGGAGUUCAGCUAUUGUGGGCCAAGGGUGAUGUUGAGUUGAUUGUGAAACAAGUUAGAGGGUUGUUUAAUGUCAAGAAUGAGAGGUUGCGGCAUUAUAGGAAUAGAGUGUGA